UGAAAGAGAUUCUCUCGGAAUUUGGAAUCAAUGAAGUCGGUUACAGGUUUUCACCUACAAGGAUCCCCAAGGUAAAAUAUGAGUUGGCAGUCUGUCCAUUUCCUGCACGAGCAGACUCACCACCACCUGUGCCAGCAACAGAAUCCAGGGACUUGAGUUCCAUUUACAAGCAAGUUAUGGAAAUGAUCACAAAUGCUUUCACUAUGCUGGACCUCGAGUUUCAGAAAUUGGAUAUUGAGAAAGGAGAACUUACUCGGGCCAAAAUUGCUUUUCAGCAAGAAAAAGAGGCUUACAAUAAGCAGUACAGAAAUCAGCAACAGGAACUUCAGGAGAUGCUAGAAAAACAUAAAUCUCAGAAUGAAGCCUGGCUUAGAAUGCGGGCUGAGCAAAAUGAUCGAGAAAGACAAGAGCUGUUCAGACAAAGGGCGAAAUUGCUUCAGGAACAAGACAAGUUGCAUGAAGAACAGAAAAACCUUCAAAUGCGUAGUCAGCAACUACUCUCCUUAAUGCAGCAAUUUAAAGGAAUGUGA